CUUUUUUUUUUUGUUGUUGCUGGGACUGAUAUCAUAUGAUUGAAACGUGAAAGUGAAACAUUAAUCCAAAAAACAGAGAGAGAGAAGAACUCAGAAGAAGAUUGCUACUUUCUGAACCCAAAAAAAAAGAAAAAAUCGGGGGGAGAUUCAUUGAAUCCGCCAUCGAAGAUCCCUCCCUUUGUUGCCAACCCAAACAAAAGAAGAAGAAUCACUCUCUCUCUCUCUCUGCAUCUUCUUCUUCUUCCUCGACUUCUCUCUCUCUCUCUCUCAUAUAAAAAUAGGUCGCCUUUUGAGCCCUUUCAUUGAUAAAGUCUGAUGGGAGGAGGGAAUUCCAAAGAAGAGUCUCCAUCUCCAUCUUCAUCGUCAUGGGCUUCUCAUCAGAGCUAUACUCAAUCUGGCCCUGGUAGCUACAACUAUCCUCCUCCCCCCACUUUUUCUCCCGCUCCUGCUCCUUCUCCUUCUCCUUCUCCAGCUCCUGCUCCCAGUUUUGGCCAUCAUUAUCAGCAGCCCUACCCCUAUAGUCAAGAGGGAUAUCCUCCUUCACAGCCUUAUCAUCCUCCUUCACAGAUUCCUCCUUCACAGAUUCCUCCUGAUAGGAAGAAGUUUGAUCGGAGGUAUUCCAAAAUAUCCGAUAAUUACUCCUCUUUAGAUCAGGUGUCCGAGGCUCUAGGGCGUGCUGGUCUUGAAUCUUCUAAUCUUAUCGUUGGUAUUGAUUUUACCAAGAGCAAUGAGUGGACAGGGGCCAACUCUUUCAAUAAGAAAAACUUGCAUCACUUGAGCAAUACCCCUAAUCCAUACGAACAAGCUAUUACCAUUGUUGGCAGAACCUUAGCCGCCUUUGACGAAGAUAACUUAAUUCCUUGUUAUGGCUUUGGAGAUGCAUCAACUCAUGAUCAAGACGUCUUUAGUUUCUAUCCAGAGGGUAGAUUCUGUAAUGGAUUUGAGGAAGUAUUGGCUCGGUAUAGAGAAAUUGUGCCUCAGCUUAAGCUCGCAGGACCAACCUCUUUUGCCCCCAUCAUUGAAAUGGCGAUGACAGUGGUUGAGCAAAGUAGUGGCCAAUAUCAUGUGUUGGUGAUUAUAGCUGAUGGCCAGGUUACAAGAAGUGUUGAUACUGAACACGGGAAGCUAAGUCCACAAGAACAGAAGACAGUUGACGCAAUUGUGAAAGCAAGUGCGCUUCCUUUGUCAAUAGUCUUAAUCGGGGUCGGGGACGGACCAUGGGACAUGAUGCAGGAAUUUGAUGACAACAUACCUGCCCGAGCUUUUGAUAACUUUCAGUUUGUGAACUUCACGGAGAUCAUGUCAAAGAACAAAGAGCAGUCUCGGAAGGAGACAGAAUUUGCGCUCUCUGCUCUCAUGGAGAUUCCUAUACAGUACAAAGCGACGAUAGAGCUUAACCUUUUAGGGGGAAGAAAUGGGAGUAUCCCAGAGAGAAUCCCACUUCCGCCACCGGUGCAGAGUGGAUCAUCAUUCUUUAAUUCCCGGAUACCAAGUUUUGAACCGAGUGUACCUACUUAUCCAAUUAGCAGUGGUGCAGACGAUAGCCAGCUAUGUCCGAUAUGCUUGAGCAACCCGAAAAACAUGGCGUUUGGUUGUGGCCAUCAGACCUGUUGUGAAUGCGGACCAGAUCUUAAAAUGUGUCCUAUUUGUCGUGCGCCGAUCCAGACCAGAAUUAAGCUCUACUGACAACACACCAUUGACAGUUCAGACACAUUUCUCAUAGAGAUUUCAUAUCUUACUGUAAAAAGAAUUGAAAAAAGUGUUCGUUUGUUCUUUGAUUAAAUUUCCGAAACUUGUCUUUGUUCUUAUAAAAUUCUUUUGUGACUUCUUUUAAUGUUCUUUGAAUGGACUGUAAGAAUUAUGUAUCUAUAUAUGGCUUACCGUAUGUGGGAUUUCUUGGAUUAGAAUGAACCAAAGUUGCUUAUUA